AUGCGAUGCACGCAUUUCGUCGUAUAUACUCCAACUGAUAAGACAAAUCCGCAACAGAACGAACUAUCUCUACAAGGAAAAGUCAUGAAGAGCACACCAUUCACUCCAAUGGGAUAUGCGCAAGGACAAUUGCCUGGAUUGUCGUCAGAGAUACUCGGUUUUGAUAAUGCAUCGUUAUUAUUCUACGUCGGCGGUGGUUGUUUGUUGCUCGUUUUAGUAUUCGGCAUAAUUCUCUGUCGAUUAGAUGUUUCUGCUGGUGACAGACGACGCGCACAAUAUGGCAUCCGUAUUGAAAAUUAA